CUAGCGGUGUUAGUAGCUGAGCUGACGGCACAUGGAGCCACCACUAGUGGCGGAGAAUCUCUCAACUCCGACCGAUACAAUGGCCGUCUCCUCCUCCGCCGCGGCGGAGGCCCUGCGCUCGGUGCUCCACCGCGUCCACCAGGUCUCGGGGAGGUGCGGCCGCGCGCCCCACCAGAUCCGGGUAGUAGCGGUCAGCAAGACCAAGCCUGUCUCCCUCAUCCGCCAAGUCUACGACGCCGGCCACCGCUGUUUCGGCGAGAACUACGUCCAGGAGCUCGUUGAGAAAGCUCCUCAGCUUCCAGAGGACAUUGAGUGGCAUUUCAUUGGGAAUUUGCAGAGCAACAAAGUGAAGCCUCUUCUGACCGGAGUACCGAACCUGGCAUAUGUUGAGGGUAUAGAUGAUGAGAAGAUUGCCAAUCGUCUUAACACUGUUGUAGCAAGCAUCGGAAGAAAGCCUCUGAAGGUGUUUGUCCAAGUGAACACUAGUGGUGAAGAAUCAAAAUUUGGAGUGGAACCCUCGGCCUGUGUGGAACUAGCAAAGCACGUUAGUUUGAACUGCCCAAACCUCGAGUUUUGCGGUCUAAUGACAAUAGGGAUGCUGGACUAUUCAUCAACUCCCGAGAACUUCAUGACCUUGGCCAAUUGCAGAACCGAGAUCUGCAAGGCUCUCGGGAUACCUGAGGAGAAGUGCGAGCUAUCGAUGGGCAUGUCCGGUGAUUUUGAACAAGCUAUCGAAAUGGGAAGUACAAACAUAAGAGUCGGGUCUACAAUUUUCGGAGCCAGAGAAUAUCCAAAGAAAGCGUCCAAUUAGUUUUGAAUUUCCUGUGACUGUAAUUUAGUACAGCGUUCUGGGGAUUGAGUUAGAUCCAUCGACCAGAUUGUCUGUUAUCUUAUUGCUUGUAAUUCAAGGACUAGCGAGGGGGGGUCCUGAUGCAAGAUAACUACCCAUUCCAAUGGAAUCAUAAGAGUAUGUCUGAAUAAUGUUUAUACUCAUAAGAUAUUAAAAUCCAGUUGAAUAUUACUAUUCAUAUAAUUGAUGUAAUAAAAUUAUUGUAGAAGA